ACUAGCGGAAGCCCGUCUCUUCUCGUCCCCACUCGGCUGCUCUGCUUCCUUUGGCCGCAACUCUGUUUCCUGAUCCGAUUUGGCCGCCGGCGGCGCCUCAGCUCGGACUCCUUUUCUACGAAGACCCACCCUACCCCGUGACACGCGGCCGCCAUCUCGACGCAGCCGAUCGACACUCUGGCGUGGUCUCGUAGUCGGCCCUGGUCUAUCUGAGCUAGUGGAACGGCCAGUGCCCCUGCCCUAUACUUUCCAUCGCGUGUAGCUGCUGGCUCGCCCCUCCAUUCCCCAGCCUUCAAACCGCUGCCACUGCUCCCAUCCCGCCGUGGCUGCCCAUUUCGAUCAGAGCGGUAAGGAGAUAACAUCAUUGGUGUUAUUUUGGUGCACGUCUGAGGAACUUCCAGACUAAGUGGAGCUAACUGCCGUCAUUGCUGAACUUACUGUGACUCUGUACCUGGGUUUGCGGUCGACAAGUGAUCGUUCAAUAGACUUCGUCAUCUGGAAAUCAUCAGAUGCAUCUAUAACUGAAGUAACGAUCACGUGAUGGCAAGCACUGAGACAGUGGCAGGACAACCCCAGAAAACCCAGAGGAGAGCUGCUGUGGAGAAUUCGGUUUCAUCUUUCAAAAGAUGGGGUAGAAAGUAUCCCUUCAUCAGAUAUGGUCUGCCAAUGAUUUCUCUCACGGUUCUCGGCUCGGUUGGUCUUGGCCAUCUCUUGCAAGGCAGCAAGGAUAUUGCAAAGGUAAAGGAUGACCAAGAGUGGGAGAUUAUCGAGGAAAGAAAAGCACUAUCAAGAACAGGACCUCUGGAAGCAUAUAAGCCAAAAAAGAUUACUUUAGAGGAGGAGCUCAAGGCUUUAAAAGCGAAGGUUGACAUAAACAACUACGAGUAUAAGAGGAUUCCUCGGCCAGGUGAAGGCAACUAAGGCUAGUAUCCGGGUCCAAAUAAAGUUGUCUCCUGAUUCAUAAGGUUUUUAAUCUCCCAUUUACCCAUCCUUUGCCCACCAGAAUCUGUUGUCAGUUUCCGUUCCCAAGCUGAAGGCUUUGUAUUAUCUAUCGGUUCAUUUCGAACUAAAACGUUUGAGCAGAACCGGUGGAUAGCUAAUGACAGUUAAUACAUAUCAGAUUCUUCUGUGAGGUUUGACAUGUGAGUUUUCAUUAGAUACUUCUUGCAAUGUUAUGUUACUUUCUGACUUAAGAAAGCAUCGGUUUUUGUCAA